AUGGUCAUAGUGAGGGCUGUAGUUGCUCUAGUUGUUGCCUCUAGCUGGUUAGAAAAAUAUUUGCAGGAGAAGUUCAAAAUGAAGGAUCUAGGGGAGCUGAAGUUUUUCCUUGGUAUUGAAUUCUCAAGGUCUAAGGAAGGUAUUCUAAUGUGCCAAAGGAAAUAUGCCCUAAAAGUGGUGUCUGAACUUGGCUUAGCCGGAGGAAAACAAGCUCCUACACCUCUUGAGUUUAGUCAGAAACUCACUUAUGUUGAAUUUGAUGAAGUAGUAAAAGAUAGUGACUCUGAAGUGUGCAACUUGAAGAGAAGGAAAAUUAUCAAAGUUCAGCUACUCAGCCAGUACAUGCAUGCACCUAAAGCUUCUCACAUGGAGGCUGCUAGAAGAAUAGUGAAAUACAUCAAGUCUACACCUGGGCUUGAUCUGUUUAUGCCAAGUGGAAGUUGCAAUCGACUAAUAGCCUAUUGUGAUUUUGAUUGGGGAGCAUGCGUGGAGCUUAGGAGGUCAGUCACUGGAUAUGUAGUUAAAUUUGGAGAAGCACUGAUCUCCUAG